CGAUUUCAUCGAAAUGGAUACUUCAUUUAAUUGUUACAUUUUAAUACUCUCAAGCAACGAUUCUAAAACAUUUUUGGUUGAUAUUUAUAAAGACAAUAAGAAUAGAAGAUAUUUCAAAAGUGAUAAAGCAAAGAUCACCUUAGCCAAUUUCAAAGUUUCACAUCUCAAGAAACAUAUAUGUAAUAUAUAUAGUAUUAAAAAAGUUGACCAAUAUAAAGUGAAAUUCUGGAAUGUUAAUAUCAAAGCGGAAAGGAUUGAAAAUAAUAAUAUUUCUACUGAAGAUGAUAUUACACAUAAACUUGAAGGACGAAAAAUGAGAGAUCAUGACUUGUUUAAUGUGUAUUUUAAAGUUGAAUUAGCAGAUCAUAAUACAAUUGAAAUGGGAAACAUACAUAUUAUCGCUAUCAUCCCCACUAUUGUAGCACCCGCCAAUG